CACUGUUGAUUUCAUCGGAAGCUGCUAUUUCACCGAGAUCUGCAAAUGCAAGCUGAAGAACAUCGCGUGCUUGAAGUGUGGUAACGUUGUUGGUUAUCAUGUGAUUUCUCCCUGCAAACCUUGCCUGCUGUCCUGCAAUAAUGGCCACUUCUGGAUGUUUCAUAGCCAAGCAGUCUUUGGCAUCAACAGACUAGACUCUUCUGGUGUGAAUGUAUUGCUCUGGGGCAACUUGCCAGAUUUAGAGGAAAGCACAGAUGAAGAUAUGUCCUGCAUCUCUGAGGAGGAGUAUAUCAGAUAA